AGUUCGCUGGGUCCUGCAGUGUGGAGACUUAAAUCCAAGGUCAUGGCAAAUCAUCUCAAGUUCAUUGCUAGGACUGUGAUGGUACAGGAAGGGAACGUGGAAGGUGCAUACAGGACCCUAAACAGAAUCCUCACCAUGGAUGGACUCAUUGAGGACAUCAAGCGUCGGCGUUACUAUGAGAAGCCGUGCCGUCGGCGACAACGAGAAAGUUAUGAAACCUGCCGGCGGAUCUACAACAUGGAAAUGGCUCGAAAGAUCAAAUUCUUGAUGCGAAAGAAUCGGGCAGAUCCAUGGCAGGGCUGCUGAGGCCUGUGGAUAGGAUGCCCAAUAUGAAAACCCUUGUCCAGUUUGUGUCUCCACCUAUUUUCUUUCUACAAUCCAUUUUCUGUUACCUUUCUCUACAAUAAAUUCAAUUACAUAUAUGAAAGAAGCAA